CGGGAAGCGGUGGUCCUACCAUGACUAUUUUCCGAUACGCCAAGUUCUUAAAAAACCUACCAAACGGGCGCAAACCGACUUGACUCGUCUCGUCUGUCCCCUCCCCCUCCAAGACUGAGAGAGAGAGAGAGAGAGAGAGAGAGAUGAUGAUGACGAUGCAGGAGGGAACGACGAUGAAGAAGAAUGGUUUGAGAAGCGAAGCGGAGGAAGGAAUAUCAGAGAGACUAUCGAAGCUCGAAAACCUCUACUUCCCUCGCGCCAUACAACCCUCUGCCUCCACUCCCUCCCAACGCAAAUCCCUCUUCCUCGACCUCCUCCACCGCGACCUCCCCGUCUUCUUGGAAAGGUAUGGAUCGAAAUUGACCUUUGAAGAGCUUAAAGAGUUCGAUAUCAUGACAGAAGACUAUGAAAUCAAUUGGCAUUUAAAUCAUCUACGGCCUUUGAUUAGCCCAACAAUGGAGGAACUGAGGUCUAGGUCUAAGAAAACCAAGAACAGGAGACGAGCUUACAUGGACAAGUUGAUAAGUGAUGGACAGUACUUUUCGGAGGAUGCCAUGAGGGAGAGAGAGCCAUACUUGCACCAUGAGUACGUGGGGAAGUUUCAGGACACAAGCGAGAGAAGCAUGCCGAGACCGGGGGAGCGGUUGUCUGAGACGUUGAUGAGGUGGUCAGAGGAGUCCAUUUUGGUCGAGAAGAUUAGAAGGGAACAACAGAGAUUAGGUGUUGAGAGCGACUGGGUUGGGAACCAGACGAAAGAGGAAGAAGAAGAGGAGGAGGAAGGAGAAGAAGAAGCGGAGGAAGGAGAAAAAGAAGAUGAAAAGUUUUGUGGAGCUAAUGAGAGUUCCCAUCCUUUGCAGAUUCCUUCCGAUAAUCAUGACGCCUCCGAUUGUGACCAAUCAACCACAGAGAGGCACUCUGAGGGUGCAACUUUAUCUGCAGAGGAGAUGCAAGAUCGAAUGGACCAAUUCACCUACAUCAUGCAGGAAAAGUUUAUGUCGGGGGAAGAUCAUCAGCAUUUAGAUUACUCAAAAAUCGACGAGGAUGAAACUUUGGAUGACCACUGGCAGAGGGAGGCUAGUCAGGAUGCUGAAGAGAAGUACUUUGAUGAUGUUUAGCGUGAACCGGUAGCGUCCUAAUCUUCUUGUUACUAAACAUUUUAGUUUCUGAGGUUCUCUAUGGUGUGUAAUUAUACAUAAACUUUGGCUGCAACUGGGAGCCUUGUGCACUUGGUAUGAUCUUCUUAUAUGUGAAAGUGGCAGGCUUCUUUA